ACAGGUGUGUGGCGUAUUUGUGAAAACUUGUUUCAUUGGCUGCCGCUUCAGCAGACUUUCAAAAUGGCGGAAAGCUGAAAUUAUUGUGGGGAAGUCGAUGACUCAAGCUAAUACAGACAACGGGUGAUACCCGAUUUACCAUUGUCCAGGCUGUGUUUAACUCGUGUUAGUCAGUGCCUCACUUGAGGGAGGACAGGGUGUCUGGAUUUACUGAGAUUUGUUCCAGGACGAUCAGGAACAGGUGACCACUUGGAAUUUUACGGUGAUUUCGAAUUCUAUUUUUGUUCUUGGAUGUAGAUAUCCUCAGUGAAUGUAAUGUAAGCCAGUCGAAGUUAACCAGCGUUGGACAAAACGGUGGAUCCGACAGUCCUCAGAAAUGUGACCAGGAAUAUACUUGCACAUGCUGACAGCUGUGAAUUUCGUUUUCACGUUUUAUUACAGUUAAUUUCUGGAAGCCAAUGGUGUGGAUAUACCAGUUUACAGUCCCGUUGAGCGCUGUAUAUGAUGUUGUCACUCUAACGACAUAGUAACUAUUUUAUUUGCUAAGGUUGAUUAGCAUCAAGACAGUAGUCAUGGAGAGAAAAGACAAGGAAAAGGGCAAGGGAAGCUUUUUUGGUACCUUCAUGAAAGGUAAAGACCGUAAGAGUCAGAAGUCUGUCACAUCGUAUGGCAGUGCCAUCAGUGAGGAGAACAGCAAUGGUGCCGGAGGUGAUGCCACUCCUACAGCCCAGGAAAUCGUUAACAAAUACUCAGACUCAGAGGUCAAUGAGAGAUUUGAACAGAUGCUGGAUGACAUGAACCUCACUGAACAGAUGAAGGAACCACUGAGGAAGAAGUCUUAUGACCAGAAGAGGAAGAUGUUAGCCAUGCAGUACAAAGGCAGCUUCCAGCCAAAAGGCACUUCUGACUCACCUCAAGCAUUCAUCCAUAAUCUUCGGAACGCUGAUUUAAAGGGAGAUAAGAGAUUAAAAGUGCUGGAAUCAUUACGUGUCUCAUUAACCAGUAAUCCCGUCAGCUGGGUCCAAGAAUUUGGAGUGGAUGGACUGAAAGCCAUUUUGAAAAACUUGACAUAUUGUUGUGACAAUAAAGUUGAACGAAGGAGCACAAACGAGUGUGUGCGAUGUCUGAAGGCUUAUAUGAACAAUAAGUUUGGCCUGCGGCAGAUCAUUGACCAUGAGGAGGCUCUCACGAUCCUGGCCCGGACGGUGGACCCAUCUGACCCAAAUACCAUGCUGGAAGCGGUGCGGCUGCUGGCAGCCAUUUGCCUCGUCCCUCCAGAUGGUCAUGAGAAGAUUUUGGAGGGCAUCACUGUUUGUGGUGAAAUCCGCAGCCAGAAUAGGUUUGACCCAAUUAUCAUGGGACUGGGGAUGAGAGAUAACCAGUUGAUGCAGGUGGCCUGUAUACAGUUGAUAAAUUCCCUCAUUUCCACACCUGAGGACCUGGACUUCAGGUUACACUUGAGGAAUGAGUUCAUGAGAACAGGGUUAAUUGACUUGUUACCUAGUUUAGAUGCACAAGAUUCCGAGGAGCUGAAAACUCAGUUAAAUGUUUUCCAUGAACACAAAGAAGAGGACUUUGAGGAGUUCUCGCAUCGCUAUGACAACAUUCGCAUGGAAUUAGAAGAUCCCAAGGAAUGUUUUGAGUUGUUAUAUCAGACUGUAGUAAACACUGUGGCUGAGCCUUACUUUAUAUCCAUACUACAACACCUCCUGUCCAUCAGAGAUGACUUGUUUGCCAGGCCUCAGUAUUACAAGUUAAUAGAAGAGUGUGUCACUCAGAUAGUGUUACACAGAAGUGGAGUAGAUCCUGACUUCAGACUCACCCAGAGGUUUGAAAUCGAUGUGGAUCCCUUGUUAAGUAAUUUAUCAGAGAAGUCAAAGUUCGAGGAUGCUGAGCAUAGUGUGGUGGAGAUUAACCAGAAACUGGAAACUGCUUUGACUGCCAAGCAGGAGUCCGAGGCCAAACUACUGAGCCUGGAGGAGAAAGUCAAGCUGUAUGAGGCAGAAAUUGCUCAGUUGAAAGGAAAUAUCAAAGAUGGUAUAGGCAGUGUUAUCAGCGAGUCGCUGGCUCAAAGAGGUGGUGGUGCAGGCGGUCCUCCCCCACCCCCACCUCCACCCAUACCAGGGGGUGGACCACCACCCCCUCCGCCCCCUCCACCUCCACCUAUCCCUGGAGGAGGCCCCCCACCCCCACCUCCUCCUCCCAUACCAGGCAUGGCGCCACCCCCUCCCCCUCCUUUCCCUGGAGGCCCUCCCCCACCCCCUGGGCCACCAGGAGCACCUCCACCCCCGGGAGCACCCCCACCCCCAGCUUUUAUGGGUGAUCAGCUUCCAUUUGGAAUGAAGCCCAAGAAGAAAUACACUGUUAGUGCUCAAAUGAAGAGGGCCAAUUGGGAUAAGGUUAAUGCUAAAGUGCUUGAUAAGGAAUCUUUUUGGGUCAAAGUUAAUGAGCAGCAGUUCGAAAGUGAGGACCUCUUCAAGGAACUCCAGGAGCGUUUUUCAAUGCAGGUGAAAGCAAAACCAGAAAACACAGGUGAACCUACAGAGAAGAAGGCUGGGAAAAAAGUUAAGGCAUUCAAAGUGCUUGAUGCCAAGGUUGGGCAGAAUUUAUCCAUUUUACUAGGAUCUGUCAAAGUUCCUUACAAGGAGAUAAAGCGUAGGAUAGUUGAGAUGGACGAGGAGAACCUAUCAGGGGCUCUGUUAGAACAGCUAAUCAAGCUCAUGCCUGAGCCAGAGCAGAUGAACCAGUUAGCAGCCAUGAAAGAUGAGUAUAAUGAAAUGGCAGAGCCAGAGCAGUUCACUAUUGAGAUGUCCAGUAUAAAAAGACUUAUUCCCAGAUUAAAAUCCAUGUUAUUUAAAAGAAGUUUCCCGGAGUUGGUCAGUGAUAUUAAACCAGAUCUGGUGGCAGCUACAGAAGCCUGUGAAGAAGUGAAGAAAAGUGAGAAGUUUGCAAAGCUGCUACAACUUAUCCUGCUUGUGGGCAACUACAUGAAUGCAGGCUCUCGAAAUGCUCAAUCAAUAGGUUUUCAAAUCAGUUACCUCUCUAAGUUAUCAAAUACAAAAACCAAUGACAACAAAUCGACACUGACCCAUUUCCUGGCUCAGAUGGUUGAGGAGAAGCACCCAUCCCUGUUAUCAUUCCCUGAUGAGUUAAUACAUGUAGAUAAGGCAGCCAGGGUGUCAGAUGAAAUUAUCCAGAAGAACUUAAAACACAUGGAGAAGUCUAUAAGUCAACUAGAGCUUGAUUUGAAAAAUAUUGGGAAGUCUUCUGAUGCAAAUGACCGCUUUGGAGAUGUGAUGAAUGAAUUCAUAACUUCUGCCACAGAGCAAUAUGAUGUACUGAACAGCAUGUACAAGAAGAUGGAAGGGCUUUUCAAAGAUCUUGCCAAGUUCUAUUGUUUUGACCCAAAGAGAUACAGUAUUGAAGAGUUGUUUGGGGAUAUCAAGAUGUUCAAAGAUAACUUUGUGCAAGCCGUCAAAGAGAAUGCCAAAUUACGUGAGACAGAAGAAAAGAUCCGAAGAGCGAAGGAAGCCAAGGAGAAGGCAGAACGAGAAAAGAAAGACCGAAUGCAAAGGAAGAAAGCCCUGGUGGACAUGACAAUCGACGAUGAUCAGGAAGGUGUAAUGGACAACCUCUUGGAAGCUUUGAAGACAGGCCAGGCCUUCAGUGUGAACCGUGAGAAGAGAGAAGGGAAAAGACGAACUCCAAGAGCUGCGGGCGCUGAACGGAGGGCUCAACUCGCCCGGACGCGGUCGCGGCAGAAUCUACUAGAUUCCUCCACUGUUCGUGAGAUAGAUUUCAAUGAUUCCACAGCAGAUACACCAGUUCCUCCCCCUAGAAGAGAGCGAGGUCCAAACAAAAGCAGAAACAACACAUCCUCGACAUCAUCGUCGGGUGACAAUGCGGAGUCCGAAGCUGAGAAACUGUUAGAACGUCUCAAAGCUUUGUGAGAUGUGCACUCUUGUGUGUGUCAUUGUGAGUGUGAGGUGGGACAAGCUGCAGUUCCAGUCGUGACUUGUGGGACAUUUCACCUUGAUAUGACGUGACUUUUUUACCCAGCUGCUGUCCCACCUCAGUGUUUUUUCCUUGCUCAUUUUUAGGGGGUGGAGUGUGUGCAGUGUGAAAUCAUUAUCUCUCUUAUCCUCAGACUGCUGCUCUGUUAAUCAAGCAAUGCUCUGGCUGUACGGCCCAUGGAAGAACCCAAGGAAAUGCUAUGAUUGUAUCUUGUUCUAUAGCGGCUGAACUUUGGCAUAAUGAUGACUUUGUUUUGCCAGUUUGAAAACCCAGAACUUUUCUCUAAGAAAUGACUUAAUACAUUAUCGCCAGUGCCAGGUUGGCUGAGACAGUGUUUCAAGGUGUUUAUGUCACAGGGCAACUGACUAAAGUUCCAGAAAACAAAUAACAUAAUACUGAUGCGCCAUACAACACUGGCAAUGACCAUGUUAUAGGGUAAAUCCAGCUGUACAUUCCUUCAGUAAGGUUAUGAGUUUGCCCCAAGCAGUUGUCUCCCCUUAACUAUAAAGGUUGUGUAUAUAUCAAUGAGGAGAUACAAUGUAGAAAUGUUAUUUCCUUUCCUGGAUUGAAUGUUUUAGCGUCCUGGGUUCUGUACUAUCUGUUAUAGUCUGGAGAUCUGGAAAUACCUCAAAAAUUUUAACCAUCAGGCAGCAUUGGUGUGGAUGCUUGAGAGAAUGAUAUAUAUUUCAACCUGAGGUUCAGUUUACAGGGUGUGAAACUUUUGAUAUGGUUGAUCUUAUAUCUUCAGUAAACACUGUUUGUGUUAAAAUCUCUACCAGAUAACAUAACUAGAUAUAUUGUAUGUACAUCAGACUGGACAUGGCCAAUGGCUUAAUUAUGUAAACACAUAUUCUGCAGACUCAAGUAUACGAUAUUUGGACCAUCACAUUUUAUGCUAUGUACAUAUAUUUAGACUGCUGUGGCUUGAAAGUUGUAUGAAUAUUCCCAGUAUCAUUAGUGCGUUUACUACUAGGGGUCAUAUUCAUUUAUAGCCAUAGGGGGACAGUGUACAUGAUCCGUUUAUUGAAAUUUUGGCCUUGCACCAUGUAAAGCAUUGGUAAAGUUAACAAUAGAUGCAGGCCCUGUAAGGUUACAUGCUGAAUCCCUUGUAUGUUUAUGGUAGCAAGAGUUAUUCCCCCAUACAUGCACAUGUGAUGAAGUAAGUUUCUUUGUACAUUUGUUUUAAACUCAGCUUUGGUUCAUUGGACACCAUUUGUGAGGAAUUGAACCGCGAAUUGAAGUAAUUCAAGAUUUUCCCGCAGUAUGGAAAGCCUCAGAUAGGGAACUGGAUGUGCAAUGUAAUAAUGGAUAGUUCAACAAGUUACCAUUGAUUCUUGUUCCCAAGUGAGAGGUUUUCUCCAGCCAGCUUUGAUUUAUCAGUAAACUGCAGUUAUCUCUACAGUACUACUGGAGAAAGGUAAACUUUGUUUGAAUUAAUUAUAAAAUAAUUUCUAAUUAUCGAUUUACUUGUACAUAUGCAGAUAACUCAUGCUGUACAUUAAAGUUCAAGGCCGUAUGUACUUCAAUGUAAUCCAAGAGUCAUGAUAAAACAAUGUUGUUGAUGUAUUAACAUUGUUCACAUAUGAACCAGUAUAAUGUACAUGUACCAGUUGGACUUGAAUCUGUCACACACCUUUGCAUUUGUCAUAGCCUUUUAUUUUUUAUUUCUACCCCAUGGUACUAAUUCUGUAUGUACAUUGGAGAUCUAUUUCAGA